GAGAUAAAUACUCACAUAACACAAAAGCUACAAAACCUCUUCUUAUUUGGUCUUUCUCUCUGAAAUUUUCCCUAAAAAACAAAGCACAUUCAUCACAAUGUCUCUUCCCAUUUUCUUUUACUUUCUUAUACUUUCACUGUUCUUCAAGCUUUCACACUCCACCACAAUUCUUGUUGAUGGAUCUUCAGAGUGGAAGAACCCUACUGUUUCCAUUGGUGAUUCCAUCACUUUCAAGCACAAGCAAAACUACAACCUCUACAUUUUCAAGAACCAGAAAGCCUUCAAUCUCUGCAAUUUCACUCAAGCCAAUCUUCUCACUGAUCCUAGCACUACCUCCUGCUCCUAUACGUGGCACCCUUCUCGUGUUGGUUUCUUCUACUUCACCUUCUCCAAUGACUCACUCAAAGCCUGUCAAGAUUCUCAGAAGCUAGCCAUAAAGGUAACUCCAACAAAAGCUUCAGCACCAGAAGCUUCUUCACCAAUGCCAACUACUCCAGGUCCUUCUUCUGGUGGAGAUAUACAAUCUUCUCCUUCAUUUCCAUGGCCAUUUCAUCCUCACCAAGGUUCUUCACCAGGUCCAGCACCAACACCAGAAGCAAGUUCACCAAUAACAGUUCCAUUAGUACCAUAUAAAGGCAGUGGUGAUGGCAUGCCUUUCAUUAACAGUAACCCUGCAGUUCCUCUGCCUACUGGUGAAGUUGAUUCUGCUACUAUACACCCCCUUGCUACUUCUGGUCACCAAGGACAGGUGAUGAUUGGAUUAGUUGGAUUUCAUGCUGCUGUGCACAUUAUGGCUUUACUGCUGCUGUAAGAAGAAAGAAUUGUAGGGCAGUUUUAUGCAAAAAUUGGGAGAGAAUGGGGUAGGGAAGGUAAACCAAAUUAAAUGUGGUGAAAUGGGCCUAAAGUAGCUUUAAGAGUGAUGAUUAUACCAUGUAUUAAGAUGCUCUUAUAUUCUACUUUAGAGUUUUUUUUAGCACUUUUUGCUCUUUGGAUUUGCAAAUUGCAAUAUAAUUGAUUGCUACUUUUAAAAAAAAAUAAUCUGUUUUCCUCUUCUAA